CUCUCAUCAUGUACCUGCUAGUAAUGUACAUCUCUCUUCUGCUGAGCAUCGUUCCAGCUCAGAGUCGUUCUGUUGCGAAUUACUUCAGCAGGAUCUCUGAAGAGACUGAUGCCAGCACUGAACAAGAUGAUGAUCCAACGUCAAGAAUAAUGGAGGAUAACAAACAUUCUGAACAAGGACCGGAGGAUCCUGUGAUCAUGUUUGGAGACAUUGCUGUAGCAACAGGGUUACAGAAUGCAGAUCCAUGCACAGCUAAGGGGUGCAAAUGGGAUAGAAGCAGAGACGGAAAAGUCUAUGUGCCCUACGUCAUCUCCAACCAGUACUCUCCGAAAGAAAGAGAGGUGAUUGAAACAGGCCUGAAAUCUUUCGACAAGUCAACCUGCAUUCGAUUCGUUCCUCACAAUGGACAAAGGCACUUCAUCGACAUAAAGUCCGAUAAGGGCUGCUAUUCAUCUUUGGGACGUCAAGCUGAAAGCCAGGUAGUGUCUCUGGAACGCCCUGGGUGUAUUAGUCACAAAACUGUUCAGCAUGAGCUGCUUCAUGCUCUCGGGUUCCAUCACGAGCAGAACCGCAGUGACCGUGACAAACACAUUCAAAUUAUUUUUGAAAACGUGGAUCCUGUAUACGAGCACAAUUUUAAAAAACAAACCACCAACAAUCUGGCAACUCCCUAUGACUACAACUCUGUAAUGCACUAUGAAAGAGAUGCUUUCUCUGUGAACCAUAAACCAACCAUGAUUCCCAUUCCAAACCCCAAUGUUGAAAUUGGUAAAGCUAUAAAAAUGAGCCAAAAUGACAUCCUUCGUGUUAACAGACUCUACUGCGAAUAAGUGAUGCUGGGCUACACGAAGAGGAUGUCUGAAGACCCGAUUUAUCCCCGUCUCCUUUGUAUACUGUAUUACAAUGUCAAAAUGAUGUUACAUCCUCUAUUUUCAUAAAAAGUUAAGUGCAGCGUCUUUUGGGGAAAACCAGCACAUUCUACUUCUAUAACCAUUUGUCUGUGUGCAAUAAAUAUAAAAAAAUGCAAGUAAA